AUGGAGAAGACUGGUCCUGGUGAUCACUUGGAGCCAAGUGUGUCGCAUGUGCAUGACCCCAAGGACAACGCAGCAGCCACCACGAAUCAACAGGAACACGACCUUACAGUUCGCGAUGUCUUCAAGAACCACAAGAUCAUCGUCUGGUGGUGUUUUUACUGGGCUAUGGCCGCUAUUGGAUGGGGUUUCGACGCCCAGAUCAACGGAGCAAUGAUUUCCGUCGCGUCUUUCCGCCGCGACUUCGGAUACGUCGAGAAUGGCGAAGCAAUCCUCCCAGCCGACUGGCAAUCCGCCUUCAACGUCAUCUCCACCGUCGGCCAAUUCUUCGGCGGCUUCCUCUGCAGUUACAUGGCCGACAAGAUCGGACGAAAGAACUCCCUCCUCAUCGGCAUCGUUGUCUGCAGCGGCGGCUGUGUCGGAGAGAUCCUCUCAGAUACCCGGGGCGCCUUCCUUGCCUCCAAGCUCAUCUUCGGCGCAGGCCUCGGCUUCUACCUCACUCUCGCCCCCCUGGCAUGCAGUGAGCUCGCCCCCGUGGCUCUCCGUGGUUUUGCUACGGCUGGCGUCAACUUGGGCAUUGCUCUUGGUCAGCUCCUCUCGAACGCGGUCGUCAAGGCCUUUGGAGAACGCUCUGAUCGCUGGGCUUACCGUGGUCCUUUCGCCACGCAGCUCUUCUUCGCGUUGUUCCUGAUCGUCUUUCUCCCAUUCGCCCCCGAGACGCCGUGGUACCUGGCCCGAAAGAACAAGUUGGAACAAGCCAAGAAGUCGUUGCAGAAGCUGUAUGGCACGGGAUAUGAUGUCGACUCUAAGCUUGCGGGGAUCAUGGCAACUAUUGAAGAGGAGGCGCUGAAUAAGUCUUCGGAGUUGGGUUUCAUGGACUGCUUCAAGGGAACGAACCGCCUCCGAACUGGUAUCUCUACUGGUGUCUUCCUCUGCCAACACCUGGUCGGCAUCGUCUUUGUCCUAGGAUACUCCACCUACUUCUUCCAGCUCGCCGGCCUCAACGUCUCCAAAUCCUUCGACCUCGGUGUUGGCGUGACAGCUUGCGGUGUCCUUGGAAACAUAGUCAGCUGGUUCGUCGUCGAGUCCUGCGGCCGCCGCAAGGUGUUCUUGUCCGGCAUGGCCUCCCUGACCCUGCUCCUCCUCGUUAUCGGCAUCAUGGACGUCGUGCCUACGGAUGCUGCGAAGUGGGUGCAGGCCGCGUGCACUGUCAUCUACGCCUUCGUCUACUUUCUGACUGUCGGUGCGAUGGCAUUCGCUAUUCUCGGUGAGGCUUCGAGCACGGUGAUGCGAGCCAAGACCAUCGCGUUGGCGACCGCGACCCAGGCUGUCUGUGGCCUCAUCAUGAACUUCUCCAUCCCUUAUCUUGUCAAUCCGGACGAGGCAAACCUCAAAGGAAAGGUUGGCUUUAUCUUCGGAGGGCUUGCCUUACUCGGUACUAUCGGAAGCUUCUUUUACGUUCCCGAACUCAAGGGAAAGACGUUUGACGAGAUUGAUCGUCUCUUCGCUGCGAAGGUUCCGCCGAGGAGGAUGGGUGAUAUGUAG